AUGUUUGACUACGAGACAAGCUGUAUCCGUGACGACCAGGAAUGCACCGGGCGAGCGCGGCCAGUAUUUUGGGAGUUUACAGAAAGUUGGAAGAGGAACGAGAGGCAGAAUCUGAAGGCAGAAGCAGGGAAGAACCCAGACGUGUUUCAUCAGAGGAACGUAUUUCAUCAGAUUCUACUGGAGGACUUCUCCAAAAAGAUCGACAGAGAAGUUUGGGAAACACGUGUGCAACAUCCUCCCAAACUGAGAGAAUUAAAGAUCCUCGAUCAUAUCGACUUUGCAGAGAAACUACCUGUAGACAGAGGCCGAGGCCGGGUGACCUUCGCUCAGGACUUUUCCAGUAACAACACCUCUGAUGUGUCAACACCUGACCCUCAGAACCUCCAGCCCAACCUCCAGCCUAACCUCCAGCCUAACCUCCAGCCCAACCUCCAGCUCAACCUCCAGCCUAACCUUCAGCCCAACCUCCAGCCCAACCUUCAGCCCAACCUCCAGCCUAACCUUCAGCCCAACCUUCAGCCCAACCUCCAGCUCAACCUCCAGCCCAACCUCCAGCCCAACCUCCAGCCCAACCUCCAGCCCAACCUCCAGCCCAACCUCCAGCCCAACCUCCAGCCCAACCUCCAGCCUAACCUCCAGCUCAACCUCCAGCCCAACCUUCAGCCCAACCUCCAUCCCAACCUCCAGCCCAACCUCCAGCUCAACCUCCAGCCCAACCUUCAGCCCAACCUCCAGCCCAAUCUCCAGCCUAACCUCCAGCCCAACCUUCAGCCCAACCUCCAGCCUAACCUCCAGCCCAACCGCCAGCCCAACCUCCAACCUAACCUCCAGCCCAACCUCCAGCUCAACCUCCAGCCUAACCUCCAGCCUAACCUCCAGCCUAACCUCCAGCCCAAACUCCAGCCCAACCUUCAGCCCAACCUCCAGCCUAACCUCCAGCCUAACCUCCAGCCCAAUCUCCAGCCUAACCUCCAACCGUAUGAUACCCAACUGGGCAGGGGACAGGCACCAUGGACCCCUCCAUUGGGGACAGACCCAGAGCCACAAGACCCAGUACAGGCCCCAAAAGCCUGGGCCCCUGAGUGCAGCCGUGCCCAUUCCCUCUCCUCCAGCUUGACUCCAGUACUCCAGUCCCUGGCUCCACCACCUCCCAGAGAUACAGACUUGGAGGCCCGGGACAGCAGACUGCUGAGGCUCACCUCAGACCUGUAUGUAGCCACUCACCGAUCAGACGAUUCCACUGUCCUCCGGCGGUUCUCUGAAGGGGCCAGUCGGUGCCAGAGUCCAGCCCCACGGAGUGUCUCUGUGGAUAGGCUGCUGGAUCACCAGAGCCCCAGGCUUCAGCAGGCCUCCAGGAUACAACAUGGAGGAUCUCCCCAGAGACAGAGCAUGGAGCAGGGCUGUCUGGUUGCUCUAACUCCCCCUGGUCAGAUCUCCAGACUAGGGCUUAGUGACCACCUCUCUGUGCCCAGGACUCCAUCACCUCAGCCUGGGGUGGCAGAGCUCUCCUCCUCCCUGAGAGGACUCCUGAACCUGGUGGAUCAGCACUGGGCUGGCACACGCUCCCUCCACCUUAACCCCAGCUUCCUGGGCCAGGCCUACGACCUGCUCUCUGCCCUGGGAUCACCUCCUGCUACUUCCUGUCUGACAGAGACAGAAGAAAAGAGAGAAGGACAGAACAGAGGAGGACAAGAACAGAGUGAGAGUCAUGUUGAUGUGACUCCACAGUGCAGUGAGAUAGCUCUCCUGAAGAGGAAGCUGUCCUUCACACAACAGCAGUUGGAAUCCCUGAAGAAAAGGCUUGUCGAGGCUCUGAAAGAAAACUACAACUUGAGACUAACCAGCCUAAAGCAGGACUCCUCUACCACUGCAGAGGCCAACUGUGGCAGGCAUUGGGACAGGUGUCUACAGAGACAGGUGCUUGCUCUGCGAGAGCAGGAGACACACCUGAGACAACUGGAGCAGACCAUUGUGCUUCUACAGGGCAAUCACAGGUCUUUGGUGUCCAAUAAUAACUCUCUGUUGGGACAUCUAAAUGAACACAUAACAGAACAAACGGAGUCCAGAGUCCAGAGAAUCCAGCCAGCAGACUAAUCUAAUGAGUUCAACAUUGAACAUCAAUUCAAGCCUUUGCCAAGAUUGUACUGCGUUCUAAUGACUCGAGCCUUCUCUGUAAACUGUUGUAGGCUGUUUGGCAUACUGUGAAAUUACAUUGAAAAUGUAUUUGUAAUAUACAUGCUUUUUAUAUGCACUCAACAAAAAAACACUUCUAAAGAAAGAUAACGUUAGUAUAUCAUAAUACACUUUUCUGUAUUGUCAUUUGUGUAAUUAGAUGAUGAUAAUAAAGCGAUGUUUUUUU